GUGCCCAUGGCAUGAGUUGUCCUCGAUCGGUGCUACGGAAGUUCGACACGUGGACAGAGAGGAGUGGAUGAAACGCAGCCAACUACGCGACGAACCGAGGAGAAGGGCAGAGAGUCGACAGGUCUGGUCUUGCUGGAACCGCUUAGGUGAGUGAAGUGAACGACAUCCAGUGGACAGAGUCGGCGAAGCCUUGGAUCAGCUGUGAGGUAGAAGGGGUAGGCGGAGGGAGGUAGGGAGGAGGGAGGAGAGAGGAGGAGAGAGGGACAAGCGAAGACGUCAAGCGGCCAGCAGGUGCCGCCGACACGCGCGCGCGUGGUUUCCCAUCCCCCGGCCCGCUGUGUUCCGCCACCACUAUUGGCUAAUCCCGCCGUCGCCGGGCGUUCUGCUGCGGUUGCCGCCAUCUGCCCGCCGCCGAUUCCCGCCAUCUGCCCGCCGCCGAUUCACGCCGUCUACCCACCGCCGGCUCCUUUGGCGCCAAUCUCGGGAAGAAGGACAUCGCUGCGCUGGGAGCUUGGGCACAGCUAACAAGACGAUGCAGAGCGCUGUGCGAUCAGCUCUCGCGGGGGCUCGAGGUGCCAUUCUUCGCCACGUGGCAGUGCGGGAUGUCUCUGCCACGUCAGCAGCGGCAGUGCCGACGGCCGCCUGCGCCGCAGUGCUAAUUAGUCCUACCCUCUCUCUUCGUCGCUUCUUUGGCGGAGAGCAUGCUGCCAAAGGCAGCUAUCUGGACAAGGAAGAGGUAACGGACAGAGUGCUGUCGGUCGUGAGGAAGUUCGACAAGGCGAAAAAGGACAAAAUUUCGCCGGAGGCGCAUUUCAUCAGCGACCUGGGCCUGGACAGUCUGGAUACCGUUGAGGUGGUGAUGGCUUUCGAGGAGGAGUUUGGCUUUGAAAUCCCAGACAAAGAGGCCGAUAAAUUGCUCUCCUGUCGGGAUGCUAUUGAGUACAUCGCAUCUAACCCUUGUGCGAACGCAUUGUGCAUGGUUGAUAGCCAGCAACAGAUAUGGCCUCGGCGCUGCAAUCUGGCGAUGGGGAUGGAUCAUUGCGAUGGUGAUGGGUUUUGGAGCUGGGGCGAUGGAUUGCAGACGGCGAUGGAUUCUGCCGAAGGUGAUGAAUGUGGAGAUGGUGAUGGGAUGCUGGGGGUGGUGAUGGUGAUGCCGAUGGAGAUGGAUUCUGGCAAUGGCGAUGGAUUCUGGCGAUGAUGACGGUGAUGUUGAUGGGUUCUGGCCAUGGUGAUGGAUUCUAGGGAUGCUGAUGGCGAUGGUGGUGAGUGUGGAGAUGGCCACGAGCUGCGGUGAUGGUGAUGAUUGUGGAGAUGGCGACGAGCGGUGGCGACGUUGGUGACUGUUGGUUAAGACGAUCAAGAGUGGCGAUAAUCUUGGGAAAUUUGAUUUGUCACUAGUAAUUAGGAUUUUGAAUCUGUUCCUGGCCAGGCCUUGUGCUCGCAUAUGUGGUGAAGAUAUGUUGGGUGAGGUAGGAGGUGGAGGUCGCGGAAAGGUGGUGGAAAGAAGGGGAAAACGUAGGGGGAAAGUGUAAGAAGCACAGAUGGGAUAGGAGGGGGAAAGAUUGGCAGAGGAAGGAAGAAAGUAAACUUUGGAGAGGAUG